GUUUCGCAGUCGUGAGUGAAUCGUUGAACGACGCGGUUGUCCAGUGUCCUGGCACUUGCUCUACCUAUACGUGAUACGGUUCGUGUGGAGGCUCGGUAGGCAAACACCUCGAUUCGCUUGCUCUGGUAUCGUGUUGGUCCAACAGGGGAGGGGGUGAAGAUGGCCGGUGGUUGCGUUGCUUUGUUUCGCUCCGGCCAGCGAGUGAGCGGGUGGUGAGUGACACGGUGAGCGUUCACUGUGGUGAUUGGUGGUGCCCAGCAAACAAAAACAUUCCCCGAUAACACAUGUGCCAUGCAGGGCAGGUGACGCGCACCAGGUGUUGGUAAGAAGAAGAAGAAGAAACGAACGCAUCAAUCAAAGUACCUGACGGUGAUGACACGUGUCACCGAGGAUUCGCCGCUCAUCGGAACUGCUCACCCAAAACAGUAACAACUAACGAAAGCGACUCUAGCGUGACGGUAAAGUUAAGUGCGUGUGAAGUAAUAACCAUCCGCUCACAACCGUGCACAACCAAAACAGUGUACCAGAGCACAAAGAACCAAUGUGGAAAAUACCACACCGUAAGGACGCAGGAGUGUAACAAGUAACAAGUUACCGAAGAAAAAAAUGGAUCGUUAACACCCGACGGCACAGCUCAUGAGUUUCCAGACCACACCAGGAGAUUGAUGUUAUCUAUAUCAACUGUCAUCGCCUUGGUACAUCGCAUAGCAAGCCUCCUUCCAGAACCGAUCCGCAAAGCCCCGAAAGCACACAACUGCGAUACGAUGCCAAUCCGAUGUGCGUCCCUCACGGCUGUAACUAAGCUUUAACUCUACACCGACAUAUCACAACAAGGUGCCCAAUCUAUCAACCGUACGACCAUAAACUCUCGGCUCUGGCUUACAACCCAGGCACGAGACACCGAUUCUCCGCACACAGCAAUUAGUGAGCGGUAGUUGCAGUAGCCGUCGCACCAAGCUCCAGCAAGUUUGUUGAGCGCAACGCAGCGUCCGGGAUUUGACAAACGCCAAAGACCAACGCCAUCCAAGAUGUCGCUAACGGUGCGAAUUAACAAGUUUCAGCUGCCGAAGGCAAAGUCAAAUCUGCUCGGGCGUGUUGAGUUCCGGGGUGUUGCCCAUACGACCACCGAGCUUAACUGUGGAGCCGAACUCGUCGAAGUCAAUCAGAGCUUCAUAUGGCCGCUGGCACGGGCAGCCGACGAGACGGAAACGAUAACGGUCGAGCUGCGGCAGCAGACGACCAAGAUCCUGCUCAAGACGGCUAUCGGCGGUUCGGGAGGCACAUCCGGUUCGGCAUCGAGCCGAGGCAGCAUCACCAGCAGCACCAAAAUUAUCGGCCGAUUCGUGAUGCUAGCGCAAGCACUCAUCCACGAGGGUCGACUGCGGAUAGAGGACCGGCUGGUGGACCUGUCAAACAAACCGAUCGAUGCAUUUGUCAGCUUCGACGUGUACUACCAAAGCCCGGAAGACGAGUCCGGGAACUUUUACUCGCCGCGGGUCGUACACUCGCUCCACCAACAGUCCAGCAUCGAUGACGACCAACAGAUGCUCCUGAACAUUGAGCAAAACAUCGCGAACCUGGAGAAAAGUAUCACACAAAGCAAAUCGUCCGAACCGGGCGUUGCGUCCUCCACGAAUGUGCGCCGUAGUGGAACGCGUUCCGGUGGUACUGGCGGCGACCGUAAGCCUAACAUCAUCAAGCGCGUCAUGUCUUCCGGGUCGGCCGGGUUAAGCGAACGGGCCCCAGCACCGUCCGACCAUGCGUCGUCGGACAAUGAAGCGACCAGCAGGCCAACCCGUUCGCUGGCGGACAAAAAGGUAACGCUCCGGACGGUGCGUAACUUUAUGCGGUUGGGUCGUUCGAGGCAGUCGUCGAGGGAAAGCACCGCCAGCAGUACCGAGGACGAAGGCAAAUCACUGAUCGGUGAUUCGGACUAUACGCGGGUCCAGCCGGACGCGGUGGACGGUGAGCAGGCGACCGGCGGACGCUCAAUGGGGGUUGGAGGAGAUGGCGACGGUCAGGCCGUGCCGGCGGACAGUCCAACGCAUACCGGGCCAGGCAAGAUGGGCGAGAACGUUUCGCAGACUUGCAGCACCCACUCGAACGCGUCCAGUGAUGGCGAGGAUGUAACCGCUAAUGAGAAGCUCAAGAAAAUCAAGAGCCUAGCGAAAGGAAACGACCACCUAAAGUCGCAAGACUUUCAGGUCUGCGUUACCGUUAUCGAGGCCCGCCAGCUGCCGGGACUCAAUAUGGAUCCGGUUGUGUGCAUACAGGUUGGCGAUCAGAAGAAGUACACCAGCGUUAAGGAGAGUACCAACUGUCCGUACUACAACGAGUACUUUGUGUUCGACUUUCACAUGCCACCGGUGAUGCUAUUUGACAAGAUUAUUACCCUCUCAGUCAUCCAUUCUCGCAAGUUCAUGCGCUCCGGAACGGUGGUGGGCUCGUUCAAAAUCGAUCUUAAAACAGUCUACGAUGCGCCCGAUCAUCAAUUCUACCACAAGUGGGCACUGCUCUCCGAUCCGGAAGACUUUGCCGCGGGGCCGAAAGGCUAUCUCAAGUGUGAUGUGGGUAUCAUUGGUAAGGGUGACACGGUGAAGGUACCGCCCAAGUCUGAGAAGGACCCAGAUGAUAUUGAAGCGAACCUGCUGCUACCGGACGGUGUGCCAAUCGAGCGGCAGCGUGCCAAGUUCAUCGUGAAGGUAUACCGGGCUGAUGGACUCCCUCGGAUGAACUCCUCCAUCAUGGCGAACGUGAAGCGUGCGUUCACUGGCGAAACGAAAGAUCUAGUCAACCCGUACGUUCAGGUGUCGUUCGCUGGCCUCACGGGCAAAACGAACGUGAAGAAGGCAUCAUAUAAUCCGGUGUGGAAUGAGCAGCUCGUCUUCACAGAAAUGUUUCCACCGCUCUGUCAGCGUAUCAAGAUCCAGUUGCGGGAUGCCGAUCCGAUGAAACCAUCGAUCAUAGGCACACACUACAUCGACCUGAAACAGAUCUCGAACGAUGGUGAGAAGGGCUUCCUGCCAACGUACGGUCCAUCCUUUGUACAUCUGUACGGUUCGACCCGUGACUACAACCUGCUCGAUCAGCACUCGAACCUCAACACGGGACUUGGGGAAGGUGUUAGCUAUCGGGCCCGGUUGCUCAUUGCUAUCCGUACGGAGAUUACCGACAACGUGGAGUUGUUCGCCGACAAGAAUGUCGAAGUUGAACCAACCCUACCGAUCUGUGAGUCAUCGUACUGCAAAACGGAUGGGUUCUUUCUGUAUGCCACAGUGCUGGAGGCGUCCAUGUUGGACAAAAAGGUGUGUGACCGAUCGGUGUACUUCGAGCUAAGUAUGGGCAAUGCGGGUAACUCGCUUGAUGGGCACAACGAAAGCGCUACCACGAACAUGGAUGAUGAUGACGAUCCUGUGUCAAUCGAUACAACGGCUUACAACAGUACGACCAGCGCCUGCAAACCUAUCUCUCACGACAAAAGCCACUUUUACUUACCGUACUGGGACUACAAACCGUGCAUGGACGUGCGGGCAUGGUUUCCGGAUCUGAGGCGUCGCAUGUACAACAGCAACAUGAUAGCGAAGAUAAGCGAACGGCUCGAGGUUGGUCUUGCCGAAACGAACCUACUCCUGGAGGAUGAGGAUCCCACGGCUGAGGUGAAGUUGCGCGGUGUCUUGGAGGAGGUUGCCUCAAGCUGCAACAAGUACGUCACCAUUACGAAGGGUGCUCUCGUUGGGCCCGGCACCGGCAAAACGAAACUCGACAAAGAACGGUUAAAGCUAUGCCAGCGUGAGCUCGAAUCGAUAGGCAAUAUGGCGCGUAACUUGCGUGCCCUCGUUACUAAAAGUUCGAUGCGCGAGCGGUACCGGACGGCUCAGAGUUAUCUCGCCAGGUUACGCUUUCUCGUGGAGGACCCACAGCAUGCACUGCCGGAUGUGUUUGUGUGGAUGAUUGCCAACGGUAAGCGAGUCGCGUACCACCGUCUGGACGCAAGGGAUCUUCUUUACUCCACGAUUGAGGAAGAGACGGGCAUUCACUGUGGUAAGGUGCAGACGGUAUUCUUGAAGCUGCCCGGUCGCCAGGCAGAAGGUCCAGCGGGAUGGCAUGUGAGAGCGAAACUUUCCAUCUACCUGUGGCUCGGUACGAUCAAGCACAAGCGAUUCUUUUACGCCGGUUUGCCGAAGGGUUACGAAAUGCUGCACGAGCUGAAGCACGCCGAGAAGGUGAAUGUGCCGGCCCCGACCACCGUACACUACGUCGAGCGACACGUGUUUCAGCUGCGAGCUCACAUCUACCAGGCACGAUCACUGAUCGGUUCGGAUGCGUCCGGGUUGAGUGAUCCGUACGCGACGGUCUACGUGACGGAGCACGCAAAGACGACGCAGGUGAUCGAAGAAACGCUCAGCCCGACCUGGGACGAGCUGCUCGAGUUUGAUGAGGUCACGGUGUACGGUUCGAAGGAUGAGAUCCGGCGUGAUCCACCGACCAUUGUGAUCGAUGUGUACGACCAGGAUAAGGUGGGCAAGUCAGACUUUAUUGGGCGAGCGAUCGCUCGUCCGAGGGUGAAGUUGCGCGAGAAUCACUACAGUACGCCCGUGCUUGAGUGGUUCGAGAUAACGCGUGGGUUGGAUGGAGCCGGUGAGUUGUUGGCUGCAUUUGAAAUGCUUGAGCAUGGUUCGGAAGAUGUGCCGAGGUUGUCCGAUCCGAAGUACGUCGCGUGCAGUAGUGUCAGUGAGCAUGCACCACAGCCAACACUCGCCAUUUUGCCCGUACCGCAGGAAGUUCGCCCGAACUUGGCGCGAUUCCGCAUCGAGGUUCUGUUUUGGGGGUUGCGUGAUCUGAAGCGAGUCCACUUCAUGACGGUGGACAAACCGCGGAUUGACAUCGAAUGUUCCGGACGCAUCCUGAACUCGAGCAUUGUGCAAAAUGCAAAAAAGAAUCCAAACUUUGCCAACAUGCUUAAGUUCUUCGAUCUGGAUCUACCGAUCGAGGAGCGGUACGCACCACCGAUCACGAUCCGCGCCGUGGACUGCCGUUCGUUCGGGCGCUACACGCUGGUAGGUACGCAUCAGAUAACGUCCAUCCACCGGUACAUGCAUCGACCACCGCCCAAGGAGGACCCAAAGCGGUACAACCAGGACGGACAGUUGGUGCUGUCCCGAAGGCGUACCGAUGCCGUUGGGAAUGUGAUCCCGGAAACUGGAAUGCCUGGAGAGUCCUGGUCCGGGGAUAAUCUAACACUGUACGGGGCGGCGUGUGUCGCCAAAGCUGCGGGUCCUGGGCGGGGUAAGCGAGCGAAGCGAAAGCCACUCGAAACGCUGGGCACUUUUGAUGGGCAGGAAGGUGCCGGCGAUGGUGAUGACGAUGAUGAUGGUUCAAGCAAGGACUGGUGGACGAAGUACUUCCUGUCGUACGAACGACUCAUCGAAUCGGCCAAGAGUGCGGGUACGGCGGGUGGUGGUGGUGCGUGUGGUGGAGGACCCGGGAUCGGAAUGGGACAGGGAGAGGCGGGUGGGUCUGCAGACGGCGGAGGCAAAAAGCUCGGCGUCAAGACAUCUCGGCUAGUGUCCAAGCUAAGCCCGAAAGCAACACCCAAGAAACCGUCCAAUCCACGUGUUGCCACCUGUCAGAUCUAUCCAAGCGAGCUGGAGUCGGUGUACGAGUAUGGGCAGUUCAAGGAGUGGCUUCAUUCGUUUCCACUGUACCGUGGUAAGAAGACGGGGGACAGUACUGAGGACGAAACGCGCAUCGUAGGCUUCUUCAAGGGUGCAAUCAAGGUGUACCGACUGCCGAUCGAGAAGGGCAUGGAGCCAGCAUUCGCUCCAACGCUACCACUGAACGAUCCGAUCCAUGUGCUGGUGCGCGUAUACGUCGUGAAGGCAACCGACCUCCAUCCGAUGGAUCUUAACGGUAAGGCAGAUCCGUACGUGGUGCUGCAGCUCGGUAGCAAGCGAGUCUCGGACAAGGAUAACUACGUCAGCAAACAGCUGAAUCCGGUGUUUGGCAAGUGUUUCGAGAUCGAGGCUACCUUCCCGCAGGACUCAAUGCUGACGGUGCAGAUCUUUGACUGGGAUUUGGUCGGUUCGGACGAUCUGAUCGGUGAGACCAAGAUCGAUCUGGAGAAUCGGUUCUACAGCCGCCAUCGGGCCAUGUGCGGUAUCUCCACGCGUUACGAAGACUCCGGAUACAACAUUUGGCGCGACCCGAUGAAACCGACCCAAAUUCUUUCGAAGCUGUGUAAGGACAACAAACUGGAGGCGCCCCAAUAUCUGCAGGACCGCGUCACGAUUGGACGCUGUUGCUUCCUGUUUACGAGUGAAGAGAUCCAAACCUGGUCCAGCCCUACCUCCAUCAAGUAUCGGGACGAACAUCUAGCACUAGCCGUACUCCAUCGUUGGGAAGAGAUGCCACGUGUUGGUUGCAAGAUCGUACCGGAGCACAUCGAAUCGCGGUCACUGUACAACAGUGACAAACCGGGCAUCGAGCAGGGCAAGCUGGAGAUGUGGGUCGAUAUGUUCCCGAUGGAUAUGCCGCUGCCCGGACCACCGGUCGACAUCUCACCGCGCAAACCAAAAUCGUACGAGCUGCGCGUUGUGAUUUGGAAUACGGAUGACGUUGUGUUGGAGGAUGAUGCGUUCUUCACCGGCGAAAAGAUGUCCGACAUCUACGUUAAAGGGUCGAUAGGAUUGGAUUCAUGAUCACUGUGACGAAGACAAAGUACCUGCUUGUCGGAGGUUCUAACCGUGAGAGAGCACGGCUCGGAAGCAGAGUAUUUGCUGACGGCGACGAUCUUGAGGUAGUAGAGGAGUUCUGCUACGUUGGCACAAUCGUUACUUAAGAGAACAACAUAAGCAGCAAAAUCCGAAUGCGUAUUGUUCAGGGAAAUCGUGCCUACUACGGGCUCCACAACCUUCUGAGAUCCAGAAGACUCCUACAACGCACGAAAUGCGCCAUAUAUCGCACACAGAUACGGCCGGUAGUCCUUUACAGGCACGAUUCCGGGACUAUGCUUGCGGAGGACUCCAAUGCACGCGCCAUUUUCGAGCGGCGAGUGCUACGGACUAUCUUUGGUGGUGUGUGUGAGCAGAGCGUGUGGAGAAGGAGGAUGAAUCACGAGCUAGCUGAGCUGUUUGGCGAUGCAGACAUCCUGACGGUUGCCAAAGCGGAAGGAUAUCCUCGUUAGAGCACGCGAUGAGGAUGCCAGACUCAUGCCGUACCAGGAAGGUGCUCGUUCUGCGACCCGUUCGGCACGAGGCGUAGAUGAGCGCAACGAGCUCGUUGGCUGGACCAAGUGGAGUCAGACCUGAGGGAGACUGCAUGCAGCCGGGGGUGGAGGAAUGCAGCAAUGGAUCGAGUUUCUUGGAAACGAAUUGGACACCAGGCCAUUUCUUUAAGACGUGCUCCGUAGCAGCAAACCAAGAAAGAAGAAGAAGAUGCCAUUGGUCAUCGUCAUUCCUAACAAGCCCGGAAGGGUUAAUUAGGAUUCCAAGAGAGCUAAUGUACAUCAGCGCGGCAUAGUAUUACCCUGGGUAACUAACCAACUGCUUGGACUCUUUGAGAGACUUUGAGUCGUUAAACUACAUUCAUCUGAUUGGUCUACGAUAGCUUCCGAAAUUUUCUUACUUCCCACUAAUAUUAUUGUUCUAUCCUACUUUUGAUGUCAGUGGAAGCUUUAACUUCUUCUUCUUCUCCUUCAUUGGUACUACAACCUCGAGAGGACUCGGCCUGUCAUUUCUGGCUUUCUGUGACUUGAUUUUACCCGUAGCAAAGUAGUCACCCCUGUGUACGGGGAGUCGGUCUGGAUGGUAUUUGAACCCCGGACCUGCCGUGUGAAGACCGGCGCUGUUAUCGCCUCGGCCACCGGAGCCCCUUUAAGCUUUAACAACACAAUUAAUCUACGGCUCUGGCAAGUUCUUCAAGAUUUGCUGAUAUUAUCAGUUUCUCCCCAACUCAGUAAGUUCCCAACUCCCACUUUCUACAAACUGGCUAGGACCAAUUAGUCCUAAUGAAAAUAGGUUAAUUCGCUCUAGAUUAGUUGUAAUACUUCGCACUUUAAAUUCCCUUACCUUAUUACCCAGGUCGACAAAAGCCACUACCGUGUGAGGACCAUCCUUGAAAUCUGAUGUAAACACGUGUAGGAAGUUGCAAAAAAGCAUCCCAAUAGCUUCUUCCAUGCUCAAAAGGUUCUUGAGCGGACCAAAUGGACGAAUGAGUGCUGUUUUAUGUGCACAUUCUUCAACAUGUUGUGGAUAGUUGUGAUGGUCCUCGAAAUUCUUACAACAUCCCUUAAAUUCUAUUGCUGAAUAUUAGUCAACGUUUCAUCGAUCCAUAAACUCAAACCCGUGCCCAUGCCCUAACACAGUUCGCUGAAACGACCCACUCGUUCCAGUCCCCGUCCCCAAUAAGGUUCCGAGAAAAAGCGUCCUAAAGGCAUCCAGUCAAUCUCUGUCCGUGGCAUUUCCUCGAGCAUGGUACGGGAGCGCACUUAUUUGCGGUGCUGUGUACAUUGUUCAUCGCUUCAAUAGCUCUCCGUGCAUAAGAGCAAACCAAUAAAAUUCAACGAGAAGGAAUUUGGUUUCAGGGAAUUCUUAAUGCUGCUGUUUUUCAUUCGUCAGCAUAUUCUCGUUGGUUGCAUGAGCGGGCUGAGCAUGUGCGAGAACUCGGUGGAGUGAGUGGAAUGGAAUGGAAUGGAAGAAAUUGAAGUAAAGACCAGAAAAUUCCUAUAAUCCUUCAAUAUGGUUUGGGUGUGGGUAAAUAGAAGAUAAUCUCGUCUGCAUUUUUUUCCGUCAGCAGAUUUCUCGGCUGCCCGGAAAUUAAGCUACAAAUGCGUUUUGUUCAAUGGCUCGUUUAGUCCUCAAUUCUUUAAAUUAAUUACUCUGAAUGCCUGGAAAUCAAUCAUUCGUGGUGCAGUGGUUUGCCACUGGUAAAUAAGAUAAGUCCAAUGAAUAGAGCGUACUAAUUCACACGUGAUGCAAUGUGGGUUGCCUAUCUGUAGGCGCAAAAUAAAGCAGUUAGAGAAGAAUAAAGAGA